AUGGUGGUGAUGUGGGCGAGUGUGCUCGAGGCCGACAACAGCUCCUUCGUCCUCUUUGGCCGCGAGCCCGGUCAGUACACUCACCGCCAGAGCGCGACCAACUGGAACUUCACAGCUGCUGACGCCAACCCCGAUGGCCUUCAAUUCCUUCAUCGCGCUGUCCUUACCGGUCUGGUGCCCGGGCAGAGGUACUACUACCGCGCCUACAGCGGCUUCGGCUACUCCAAUGAGUACUUCUUCACAGCGAAGAGGGAAGGUAACGAUUGGGUGCCUAAGCUGCUCGUCUACGGCGACAUGGGGAAGGACGGCGGUGCGCCAACCCUGCCCCGCCUUAUCCAAGAGGUUGCCCAGGGAGACAUCACGGCUAUCAUCCAUGUGGGCGACUUUGCCUAUGACCUUCACGACAACGGUGGUGUGCGAGGUGAUCAAUUUAUGGAGCGCAUCGAGCGCAUUGCUGCGUAUGUGCCGUACAUGACGUGCCCCGGCAACCAUGAGAUUGCGUACAACUUUAGCCAUUACAGGCAACUGGAGUCAGAACAUGUGGUUUUCUUGGGACCUGGCCAACGUUCACUUCAUCGCGUAUUCUUCCGAGGUCUACUUUGUCAAUCGCGAAUGACUCUCCGUGCAAUACGCUUGGCUGGAGAAUGA